AUGUUGCUUGAGUGCUACGAUCGAGAUAUUUCGUAUGGAAUACUUGUGAAUGUCCAGGCCGGAUUCGAAGAUGUGCUGAUGUUGGGUCGAUUUGUCGAGAAGCUUUCAAGUGUUGCCGGCUAUCAACAGGUACGCGUUGACGAAGGCAAUUUUUCGGCAAUGAUGUCAGGGGGUUUGGAACACGAAGAUGACACUGGCGAAGAGGACUUUGACGAGUAUGACACCGACGAAGAAGACGUUGACGAAUCCAAGGAGUUUGGUUCGAAAUCGGAAGCGAAGAUGAAUGUGCAACGUCCUCGUCCAAUCUUGAUGUUUGUCGAAGAACGGGGCAACCCUCCCGCCAACCCUAUCGACUUCCACUUCCCUGCUGGUGGCACAUACUUCGAGAUCACCGACCCUCGAGACAACGUCUGCUAUCGAUUUGCUCACACUCAGCCAGUGAAUAAUCGCACGUAUGAAUCGUUUCCGCGAGACUUCGGUACAUCAGGAGGUAGAAGACACAAGUAUCUCUUGCAUAAUGUGAUGAUGCAGAGUCCACCAAACCCGAUCAACACCCACCAGCAACUAUACGCCAAUUUAACCAGUUUCGGCACGGUCAUGGUGAAGGUUGUGAACAAGGGGAAUUAUUCUACAAACGGCUGCUCAAAGACACCACAUUUAAUUGCGUCAAGAUCUUUAGAGGAACCUUCUCCAGCUCAAAUCGUGAAUACGGAUGAGGUGCAUCGAGCUCGCAAUGACGAAGGAUUGACAGUAGCUUUGAAGUACGAGGUUCCAUCGUGUGCCUGGGAAGCCUACAUUUCGCAAGCCGUCCACAAUCGCGUUUCCACGGAGAUCAGCCUCGCCAUCAUGAAGAUCGACGACAUGUACAUCUUCCGGAACGCAUCUCUGAUUGUCAACGAGUACUUGUCGAUGGGCAACAUGCUGCAAUGCAUUAACAACGUGACCGGCGAGCCAGACAAUGUGAUGUUCAUUGGAAAAUUGCCCGAAGGAUUGUCUCUACGCGCCGACGUGUUGCUUUCUGCAAGGCCCAUCAUACGUCUCAUCGAUUGGGGUCGAGCAAUUGAUCUCUCUUCUCUGCCAGGUGGAACUUCCUUCAGUGGUCGCGCCGGAACACAAUGCUUCGAUUGUCCUGAAAUGCUGAAUGAUCGUCCUUGGACUUAUCAGACGGAUCACUUCUCUUUCGCUGCAUCUCUCCAUGUAGGAAUCUUCAAGACGUACGGAAAGGUCGUCGAGGAUUCGAAUGGUUUCAUGUUUGAGAAACCACUUCCUAGGCGCCGUCCAAAAGCUCCGUACAUUCGUGGUGUCAUGUCUCAAAUGCUCAGCAUUCCAUCGUGCGAAGCCAUUUCUUCU